AUGAAGGUACCCAUGCCAUACGAUGAAGGCUUUUCUGAAAACGAGAACCCCUACUCUUCAUCUGGAUAUGCCCAGAUUUGUCGCGAAUAUGGUGCCGACCCUAAUGCCCAAUACAAGUUUAAGGCUCUCAUGUCCUCGCUCACAAAUGGUUCGGAUGCUGACAAUUUCACAGAGAGACAGAUACUACUACAGAAAUUUGAAGCCAUGGUACAACCUUCGGAGAACGUAGGCCACGAUAUCACCGAGUUUCAAAAGUUUUUAAAACGAGUCAGACCUGGGCAAGAAAUAUCGAGGGUUGCCCUAAAACCGGGGUCUGAAAAGAUACCUCAGUCAGGUGAUGGAAACCCUCACGAUGACACCAAGGCCACCUUGGUUACUGCGGGAAAACCAGGUGAUAUGAGAAAAAUUCUAUUUUACACAUUAAUUUUAACAACAUUCAUAAUUAGUUCCAAUGAUCAACAAGUACAUUAUGAAACUUCAUUACCGUUGUUACCAAAGAAUACCCAAGCGAGACAUCUUAAAAGAGGGAAAUCACGGGUAUUGUAUUAUUCAAAUUGCAGUGCCACGUUUAAUCUUAUUCUUGAUGGUGAUAUUGAAGUUAAUCCAGGACCUGGUUUCGUCGCUCCUAAAUGCAGUACUUGUUCUAAAGUAGUGAGAUGUAACCAAAAACGUCUAUUAUGUAGUCAAUGCCUCGAUGUUUCACAUGCAGUAUGCCAAAAUAAGCAACACUUGGUUACGAAUUCUCGAGUACCGUACGAAACAAUGUGUGAUCGAUGUCUUCAUACUGUUCUCCCGUUUCUCAAUGUUUCACUAAAUACAUCCUAUGUAGAAAGUUUCAAGCUAGUCUAUAAAAAACGGAAAGAAAGGCGAGGAGGUGGUGUGGCAGCGUAUGUUAAAGAUGAUAUUGACUUUAAAUUACGAAAUGACAUCACAACUUUACAUAACGAACUUGAACACAUAUGGAUAGAGAUAAAUGGUCGCAAUAGACAUAGCAAAAUUCUGUUGGGUGUUUUUUAUCAACCGAACUUUGACGAUGCAAGCAAAGCUGAAUGGCUCAGUAAAGUGGAUAUUAUAUUAGAUAAAGUCGUGUCUCAGUGGAGAGGUCACAUUGUUAUUACCGGUGAUAUGAACAUCAACUUGUUGGAGAAUUCACAGAUCACAACAGUGUACAACGACAUUCUUGACUCUCAUAACUUAGUACAACAUGUUACGAAGCCAAGCAGAAGAGGGACUACGCUGAUUGACCAUUUUAUAACAAACGCUCAAUGUAAACCUCGUUUUAAAUAUAUACGUGAUUACAAGAAUUACAUUUUAAAUGAUUAUGUCACUGACUUUUCGCAAUUACCAUUAAGUGUUGUUUAUUCUUCAGAAUCUGCAGAUGAUAAACUAGAUAUUUUCAAUGAAUUAAUAUCUUCAUGUAUAGAACGACAUGCACCAUUGAAACGAAUCAAAGUUACCAGACCUCCAGCACCAUGGCUAAAAGAUCUCCGCAUUAAUGAUAUGCAAAGCAAAUGUAGAGAAUUGCGUCACAAAGCUCACCUGACACAAUCUGAUAGUGACUGGGAUAAUUUCAGAGAUAUUCGAAAUAACCUGAAACGUACGAUCAAGCACACUAGGAAAACGUUUUUCAAGAAAGCUCUAAGCUCAAAAAGACCUGCAGAUGUGUGGAAGUUUAUUCACCAAUUUUUGAACGCUGUUCCAACUACACAAGAUGACUUAUUGAAUCAUAUUAACAAUUUCCAACUACGCAAUGACCGUUCAGAGUUGUAUUUUAGACAUGUGACCUACACGGAAGUUGAAACAGAACUGAAAUCGCUUCGCAUGGAUUGUUCCGCUGGAUUCGAUAAUAUACCAGUUGCUCAUAUAAAACCUGUAUUAGAAUAUCUCAUUUCACCUUUAACACAUGUUAUUAAUUCCGGUAUUGAUGAGCAAAAAUUUCAUACGCAAUGGAAAAUCGGAAAGGUUUCUCCAAUUCCAAAAUGUGACAAUACUACUUCUUCAGAUCAGUAUCGACCUGUUUCAGUUUUGUCGACCUUGUCUAAAGUGUACGAAAGGUGUAUCGCAAACCAAAUAUGUGAAUACAUCUCAUCUGAGAAUGCACUUAAAGACACCAUGUCCGGAUUUAGAAAGCAUCACUCGACUACCACCUUACUGCUGAAAAUACGCUAUGAUAUUAUAAAAGCCAUGGAAAAGGGUGAAGUGACACUAGCAAUGUUUUUAGAUUAUUCCAAGGCAUUUGAUACAGUUGAUUUCAAAACUAUCAUAACUAAGCUGUAUCAUCUUAGCUUUUCUAAACCAGCUGUUCUAUGGAUGUUUUCCUACCUCAACAAUCGAUUGCAGUACGUUCAAAUCGAUGACUGUUCAUCAUCGAUGGAGACCGUUCAAUUUGGUGUGCCACAGGGUUCAGUUCUAGGGCCGAUUUUUUUCAACUUGUACGUAACUGACCUACAAGAUGCAGUUCAUGGGACAGUUUGUCAAUUCGCUGACGACACAUCUUGCUAUGAUCACUGCAAACAAAACGAAUUACCGAAUGCUAUUGAACAACUCACACAACGUUUGGACAACUUGUGUGACUGGUCUUUCAACAACAACCUUGCUUUCAACCAAGGCAAGACUAAAAUCAUGCUGUUUUCGGGAAGCAGAAUGUCACAAACACAUAAGUUAGAUGAUGACACACAUGUAACCUUCAAUAUUAAACAUUGUGGUAAACUUAUUGAAAGAGUUGCAAGUUAUAAGUUACUUGGUGUGCAUUUUGAUGAACAUUUAGCCUGGGACACUCAUUUAAAACAGCUUUUGAAAUCUACUUACUGUAAGCUUUCUGUAUUGCGCAAAUUGAAACAUUCAGCUCCUCAGUACUUACGUAAACAGUUAGUGGAGACACUGUUACUCUCUAGACUUGACUACUGCAAUGUGGUGUUUUCCAACGCACCAGAUUACAAACUUAACCGUAUCAACAAAGUUUUAAGAUGUGCAGCAGCCUUUGUUACAGCGCACUACUGUACCACAGCAGAUAUUUUGAAUUUGAAAUGGUUGCCCUCCAAAGAGAGAAUCAACUUGAACAUGUUGAAACUCGCUCACAAAUCUUUGCACGAAACAGAAUUUCCCACAUACCUGAAAGGGCUGGAAAUGAAGAAAACAGAAAGAACGACAAGAAGUUCUGAAAGAUGUGUGUCCGAAUUCAAAGUUAACGCAUCGGAUAAAACUUUUAUUGGAAGAAGUGGUCGACAACUGAACGAUCUUCCCACCAGUCUACGAAAAGAAGUGGUUUAUAAAAAAUUUGUUUACGGAGCUAAAUGUUAUUUAUCAGAUAGAGCUCUUGCAAAAUAUAUAAAUAAACAUUAG